GCCAUGGCCGAGGAGCCCAGCGCGCUGCCCUGGUCCAUCAACAAGGAUGACUACGAGCUGCAGGAGGUCAUCGGGAGCGGAGCGACUGCCGUGGUGCAGGCAGCCUUUUGUGUUCCAAAGAAGGAGAAGGUGGCCAUUAAACGGAUCAAUCUGGAGAAAUGCCAGACGAGCAUGGACGAACUCCUGAAAGAGAUUCAAGCCAUGAGUCAGUGCCAUCACCCCAACAUUGUAUCCUACUACACGUCCUUCGUGGUGAAAGAUGAGCUUUGGCUGGUCAUGAAGUUGCUUAGUGGAGGCUCCGUUUUGGAUAUUAUAAAGCACAUAGUGGCCAAAGGAGAGCACAAGAGCGGAGUCCUGGAUGAAGCCUGCAUAGCCACGAUCCUCAAGGAGGUGCUGGAGGGGCUGGACUAUCUGCAUAAAAACGGGCAAAUCCACAGGGAUGUGAAAGCAGGAAAUAUUCUUCUGGGGGAAGAUGGCUCAGUGCAAAUUGCAGACUUCGGCGUUAGCGCGUUUUUGGCGACGGGCGGCGAUAUUACGAGAAAUAAAGUGAGAAAAACGUUUGUGGGCACCCCGUGCUGGAUGGCACCAGAAGUCAUGGAGCAGGUCAGAGGAUACGAUUUCAAGGCAGACAUCUGGAGCUUUGGAAUCACCGCUAUCGAGCUGGCUACGGGGGCGGCUCCUUACCAUAAAUACCCCCCCAUGAAGGUUUUAAUGCUGACGCUCCAAAACGAUCCUCCAUCUUUGGAGACUGGUGUGCAAGAUAAGGAGAUGCUGAAGAAGUAUGGGAAGUCGUUUAGGAAGAUGAUUUCAUCAUGUCUACAAAAAGACCCCGAGAAAAGACCAACGGCAGCAGAACUCUUAAGACACAAGUUUUUCACAAAAGCAAAGAAUAAAGAAUUUUUGCAAGAGAAGAUGUUGCAGAGAGCACCAACAAUCACUGAGAGAUCCAAAAAGGUCCGGAGGGUCCCCGGUUCCAGUGGGCGCCUUCAUAAGACUGAAGAUGGUGGCUGGGAAUGGAGCGAUGAUGAGCUCGAUGAAGAAAGCGAGGAAGGCAGAGCAGCAAUUUCACAGCUCAGGUCUCCCAGAGUGAAAGAAUCUGUACAGAAUUCUGAGCUGUUCCCAGCAGCUGAACCCCAAGGUCCUUCACUCAAUAUUCCAGCACAGACACCUCAACUACCUCAGGCAGCAGGCCAGGUACCUGCACCACCUCAAGCUGCUGUCCCUCCACCAAGCCAGGCUCCUGCAGCAGCACCAGCAGCAGCCCAGGCCCCACCUGCCCCUGCUGCAGCCUCGGUACAAGAAGAUACGAAGGUUCCCAUCAGCCUUGUACUAAGGUUAAGGAAUUCGAAAAAAGAACUCAACGAUAUUCGUUUUGAAUUCACCCCAGGGAGAGAUACUGCUGAUGGUGUAUCUCAAGAGCUCAUUUCGGCAGGUCUUGUGGAUGGCAGAGAUCUGGUAAUAGUUGCAGCUAAUUUGCAGAAAAUUGUGGAAGAGCCCCAAGCAAACAGAUCCGUCACUUUCAAACUGGCAUCUGGUGUGGAAGGCUCGGAUAUUCCUGAUGAUGGCAAACUUAUAGGAUUUGCACAGCUCAGCAUCAGCUAAACAAUGGUCCCAGGAGACGUUUCCCAACUGAGAACCCACAUGUGCAUAUUCGUAAUGCUUCUGUUAGCCUAAAAAAAACCACUACUGCCAAAGAAUUGAACUACAGCCCCCUUCCUAGAAGCUUUAACAUUGUUUCCUUAAUAGGAUCACAAAACCUUCCUGAAAUUACCGAUGGCGUUUACACCUUUUGUAAACAACUCUCAUGUUUUUGUAUCUGUCAUCUCAGACAUGCAGAUCCAACGCAUCAUCGCCUGCAUGUUCAUUUUAUUAUUGCCUUACUUUAAAGAAAAAUACUACUGAGUACGAAGCAGGGGGUUCCACUGCUCUGAUGAUCUUGCCUAAAUGUUUGCUUACAUGUGGUUUCAUUUUUUUUUUCUCACUUGCUAUUUUUGCACAAGUUUUAAUACUGAACAGAUCUUUUUUUUGUUCUUCACCCACUUCCCUUCCAUUUGAAACACCAAUGUGUACAUGUUAUUUGGGUCACCUGGAGUACUGAGAUAUCUGCUUCUCUUCAGUUGUAUUUAAAAAACAAAAAACAAAAAACUCUACUGGUUUGAAUGCUUGCUCCUGAGAAAGCAAGUCAAGUCUUAACCCACAGAAGGGAGAGCAUACUUCCCUUGUGUUUGUGUUUUUGAGAAGUUCCUAGACUUUGAGGUGUUAGAAGUCAGCUUUCCUUUGUAAACUGCCUUAAUUUUAUUUUAUUUUUUUUAUCACUUUGGUUCUCUCCACAUGAGUGCCAGGGGAUGGCAUGAGGGCUGAACCUUUUAAUUUACAUUAAGCAGUCCUUCCUCAAAACAUGUCUUUCAUUCUGCAUCCUUAGAUGUAGUCUGUUGUUAGAGCAGAAGAACGAGGCGUUGCUGUCUGGAAACGGAUCUUCCAGAUGAUCCAUAAGCUACCGAUGGUCGGAGGGAGAGGAAUUCUGUGUCACUCAGCGUUUGGAAAACAUGCCCUACCAAACGUUCUUGAAGCCCAGCCUGUGAGGCCUGGCUGYGCGAAUCCUCCCUGAUGUAUUUGCAAGUCUUCUGCAAAGUGGUACCCGUGGAACCCUCCCUGUUGUGUUUUACAGCAAUAAAGAGCUGCCGGUAGAGCGCUACCCUAGGCAAGCGAGCUCCCGACUGUCCCUCCUGCACUACUUGCUUGGGUUGGCCACCUCUCCACGAUCCAAGCCUCAACGUUUUGAUCAGGAUGUCACUGCAACCAUGUCACUCAUGUCUAGGUGUUGUUUCUAUGUGGUGUUUCAUUUGAAUUUCUACAUGAAUAAUAUAAAUUAUACUUUGCGUUUGAUAAGAGACACUUGUAAUGCAAUAUGUGAAUAAUAAAUGGUGUUGAUUAUUAUUUUUUUUCCUACUGUUUCACAGUUGGCCUUUGUAAUUGCUCUUGGCUCUGAGAUGUUUUCUACAUGGAAAUUGUUAAGCCUGUAAUUUAACACACAGAUGGAAACGGGUUUGGUUUCCAUCAGCCACAAACAAUGCAGAAACGGAGUGUUAAAACGGGAUGACUGGUUCAAUUAGGACUUUUUUUAUUUCAAAGUCUUCUUAUGAACAGUCUAUAUUUAUAUUUUUUUCUCUAUGGGCAGCUGUGGAAGCUUCCUGGAUAUUGUGCAUGUUCUUUUUUCUACCAUCCUUGUUUCUUUAGCUUCUAGUUGACUAUUGGGGAGGUCCCAGUGGGCACUGCCAACCGGUCACGACCCCGUCGCUAGGAGCGCGAAGGGAAGGAGAGGAAGAGGAGGGUCUGGGAGGAAGAGCAGCCCCGAGUGCUGAGCAGCAGCUCUCAAGGGUGAGGAAGGGAGAGGUGUCAGUUGUCAGGAGCUGGCGCUGGCCACGUUUGGCCAUGUGUGUGUGUGACAGCUCUGGCACUUCUGCUUGGCUUAGGAAGAGCAGGCUAGAGUCUACCUUUUCAUGUUGCCCAAGGAUGAACAGGGAGGUGUUGGAGACUCUUAGGAUGCAGAGACCAGUUAGUCUUGUUGCAGUAUUAUUCCUCCUCCUACCUGCUUGCGCCGAGGACCCCACGGGUCUUCUGUGCGCUGGUACAAGGAGAUGUAGGACUCAAAUGGCUCAGAUGAGACAACAGAGUGCCUAUUUGUUAUUUCCCUCUUCGCCAAGCCAGGACCUGGAGAGCCCGAGUUCACACUAACCCAAUGCUGUUUAGCUCUUUAAAUGAAGAAAAUAAGUAAGGGAGAAGAUGAUGUUAUUUACUCUAUAGAUCUCCAGGUGCUUUGGGUAGUGAUCCGAAUUUUCUGCUUGGGGUAUUACAGUGCUAGACAACUUUUUUCUGGUGGUGUUCCAGUAAGUGCCAAUGCUGUUCGUGAUUCUUUUCCGGCGUUG